CCCAUUUUCCCCUUUCCAGCUGACAUCCCGCCGUCCCCCGGGAACAUCCCGGCCAGCCACCCUCUGCUGGUGCGGCACGCGGAGCACGGGGGGCUGGGGCUGGGGGGCGGCCCGGGGGGCGCCCGCCUGGCCCAGGGGCUGGGCCGGAGCCAGCGAACGCUGCGGCAGCUCACGGCCAACGCCGGCCACACCAUCCACGUCCACUACCCGGGGGCACGGCAGCCAAACCCCCCCCUGAUCCUGCAGCGGCUCCUGGGCCCCUCGGCGGCCGCGGACAUCCUGCAGCUGAGCAGCAGCCUCCCGCUGCAGAGCCGGGGCCGGGCGCGGCUGCUGGUGGGCAACGAGGACGUGCACAUCAUCGCCCGCUCCGACGACGAGCUGCUGGACGACUUCUUCCACGAGCAGGGCAGCGCGGGCAGCCAGGCAGGGACCCUGUCCAGCAUCCCCACGGCCCUGACGCGCUGGACCGAGGAGUGCAAGGUCCUGGACGCCGAGAGCAUGCACGACUGCGUGUCCGUGGUCAAGGUGCCCAUCCUGGCCCGGCUGGAGGCGCUGCGGGACGAGGAGCUGGACGAGCGCCGCGAGAAGCGCCGGCGUCAGGCGGCCGAGGACGAGGCCAAAGGCGCCGAGCGCGGCCCCGAAGACAAAGACGGGGCUGAGACCCAGGACGCGGCGUCCAAAGCCGGCCCCGCUUCGGCCGACGUCACCCCCCCAGAACACAGCGGGACCCCGGGAGAGACCCCCCCUCCCGGUCCCCACCGGACACUGGUGAUGCUGGAACCGACGCCGACUCCCCCAGACCCCCCCCCGGGAGCCCCCCAAAUCCCCGCUCGCCCCCCUCAGCCCCCCGAACACGAAGAGGGGGGUCCCGGACGACCCCCCCAAGACGCCGAAGCCACUCAGAUGGAGCUGUCACCCGCCCCCACCAUCACGUCGCUGUCCCCAGAGCGGGCGGAGGACUCGGAUGCGCUGACGGCCGUGAGCAGCCAGCUGGAGGGGUCCCCCAUGGACACCUCCAGUUUGGCCUCCUGCACCUUGGAAGAAUCAGGGGGGGCUCCCCCUGCUCCCACAGCCCCCCAAAGCCCCCCUGGAACCCCCCAAGGACCCCCUCCCGCCCCCCCCGACACCGCUCAGCCUCCGGACGAUAGCUCCCCGCCGGCCUCAUCCUCGGAGAGUUCGUCCACCCGGGACUCGGCCGGGGCCAUUUCCGGGGCCGACUCGAGGGGGAUCCUGGAGGAGCCGCUGCCGUCCACCAGCAGCGAGGAGGAGGAUCCGCUGGCCGGGAUCAGCCUCCCCGAGGGCGUGGACCCGUCGUUCCUGGCGGCGCUGCCGGACGAUAUCCGCCGGGAGGUGCUGCAGAACCAGCUGGGGAUCCGCCCGCCCGCGCGGGCCCCGCCCGCCGCCAGCCCCGCCCCGCCCGUGGUGGCCAACCCCGGCCUCACCGAGGUCAGCCCCGAGUUCCUGGCGGCGCUGCCCCCGGCCAUCCAGGAGGAGGUGCUGGCGCAGCAGCGGGCGGAGCAGCAGCGGCGGGAGCUGGCUCAGGCCACGGGCUCGGACGCGCCCAUGGACCCGGUGACGUUCAUCCAGACGCUGCCCUCGGAGCUGCGGCGCUCGGUGCUGGAGGACAUGGAGGACUCGGUGCUGGCCGUGAUGCCGCCGGACAUCGCGGCCGAGGCGCAGGCGCUGCGGCGCGAGCAGGAGGCGCGGCAGCGGCAGCUCAUGCACGAGCGCCUCUUCGGCCAUUCCAGCACCUCGGCGCUCUCGGCCAUCCUGCGCAGCCCCGCGUUCACCAGCCGCCUCAGCGGGAACCGGGGCGUUCAGUACACGCGGCUGGCGGUGCAGAGGGGCGGCACCUUCCACAUGGGGGGCACCGGCACCCACAGCAGGCCGGCGGGCAGCAGCGUGGACAGCCUGCUGCGCCUGCGCGGGCGGCUGCUGCUGGACCACGAGGCUCUGUCCUGCCUGCUGGUGCUGCUCUUCGUGGACGAGCCCAAGCUGAACACGAGCCGCCUGCACCGCGUCCUGCGCAACCUCUGCUACCACGCUCCCACGCGGGGCUGGGUGGUCCGCAGCCUGCUGUCCAUCCUGCAGCGCAGCAGCGAGAGCGAGCUGUGCCUCGAGACCCCCCGCGGGACCCCCGAGGAGCGGCCGCGGGGCCGCGCCGGCGGGAGCCGCGCCGGGCCGGGCUCGGCCGCGGAGCCGCGCGGGCUGGACCUGCUGCACCGCAUGGAAUCGCGCAGCUCCGGCCAGCUCUCCUGGCUCUCCGUGUCCAUGGACGCCGCCCUGGGCUGCCGGACCAACAUCUUCCAGAUCCAGCGCGUGCCCGGCCGCAAACACACGGAGAAACACGCGGCGGCCGCCGGAUCCGCCGUCCACAUCCACCCCCAGGCCGCGCCCGUGGUGUGCCGGCACGUGCUGGACACCCUCAUCCAGCUGGCCAAGGUCUUCCCCAGCCACUUCACCCAACAACGAGGCCGAGACCCCACCACCGACCCGGAGCGCGACCGCGGCCCCCCCAAAUCCGGGGGCAGCCCUUGCCCUCCCCCACCUCCCCAAACCCCACCGGCACCCCCACCCCCUCCCCCCCCCACCGGCGCCCCCUCCCCAGCCCUGCCCCCCCAGUCCCAAUCCGGCUCGCUGUCCACGGAUUUUUGGGACCUGCUGGUCAAGCUGGACAACAUGAACGUGAGCCGGAAGGGGAAGGGGUCGGCGCGGGCGGGGGGCGGCGGGGGCGGCCCCGAGCCCGAGGCGGCCGGGGGGGGCCUGGAGGCGUCGCCGCUGGGGCAGCUGAUGAACAUGUUGUCCCACGGCGUCAUCCGCCGCAGCCCCCUCCUCACCGAGAAGCUGCUGCGCCUCCUCUCCCUCAUCUCCAUCGCCCUCCCCGAGGGGGGCAAGGCCGGCGAGGGGGGGGCAGCGCCCCAAAACGGAGCCCCCGCCCCCCCCGCGCCCGCCCCGCCCGCUGCAGGGGGUGGGACGGGGAUGGGGAUGGGGACAGGGGCGGCUGCAGCGCCCGGGAGCCCCCCGGGACAGGGGGGCAAUGGAGGAGGAGGAGGAGGAGGAGGAGGAGCGGCCACGGCUGGAGGAACUGCGGCCCCUGCCAAGAGCUCCAAGUCCCCUGCCAAGGUCCCCGAGGGUGGCCCUGACCCCCGGCUGGCAGCCACAGGCCUGACCGAGAGCCAGCUCCAACUCUCCGUGGAGGUGCUGACAUCACACUCGUGCUCGGAGGAGGGGCUGGAGGACGCGGCCAACGUCCUGCUGCAGCUGUCCCGGGGGGACGCGGGGACAAGGGACACGGUGCUGCGGCUGCUGCUCAGCGGGGCCCGGCAGCUGGGGGGGGCCCUGUGCCGCCAGAUCGGGACGCUGCUGGCCGAGCUCCGUGAGUACAACCUGGAGCAGCAGCGGCGGGCACAGCUUGAGGCCCCGUCCCCGGAGGGGCUCCCCGAGGAGCAGCCCCCCAGCGCCAAGCUCAAGGGCAAAAUGCAGAGCCGCUUCGACACGGCCGAGAGCGUGGUCAUCGUGGCGUCCCAGAAGCGCGCCCUGGGCGGCCGGGAGCUUCAGCUGCCCUCCAUGUCCGUGCUGACCUCCAAGACGUCCACGCAGCGCUUCUUCCUGCGCGUGCUGCAGGUCAUCAUCCAGCUGCGGGACGACACGCGCCGGGCGCACCGCAAGGCCAAGCAGCCCGGCCGGCUGGGCGCCGCGGGGCUGGGGGCGGCCGGCAGCAUCCAGGCCGCCGUCCGGCAGCUGGAGGCCGAGGCCGACGCCAUCAUACAAAUGGUACGUGAGGGCCAGAGGGCCCGGAGGCGGCAGCAGGGAGACACGUCGGAGGCCGGGCCCGCGGACGGUCCCCGGCGCGAGGAGUCGCCCAUGGACGUGGACCAGCCCUCGCUCGCCCCGCAGGACGCCACACAGGGCGGGGACCGUGACCGUGACAGGGACAGGGACAGGGACAGGGAGGAGCGGCCCCCGGAGCUGCCCCUGCUGAGCGAGCAGCUGAGCCUGGACGAGCUGUGGGACAUGCUGGGAGAGUGCCUCAAGGAGCUCGAGGAGUCCCACGACCAGCACGCCGUGCUCGUGCUGCAGCCGGCCGUCGAGGCGUUUUUCCUGGUGCACGCCACGGAGCGCGAGAGCCGCCCGCCGGUGCGGGACACGGAGAGCCAGCUGGCCCACAUCAAGGACGAGCCACCGCCACUCCCCGCGCCCCUCACCCCCGCCACCCCCUCCGCCCUGGACCCCUUCUUCUCCCGGGAGCCCUCGGCCAUGCACAUCUCGGCCAGCCUGCCCCCGGACACGCAGAAAUUCCUGCGCUUCGCCGAGACCCACAGGACGGUGCUGAACCAGAUCCUGCGGCAGUACACGCACUUGGCCGACGGCCCCUUCGCCGUGCUGGUGGAUUACAUCCGCGUGCUGGACUUCGACGUCAAGCGCAAGUAUUUCAGGCAGGAGCUGGAGCGCCUGGACGAGGGGCUGCGCAAGGAGGACAUGGCCGUGCACGUCCGGCGCGACCACGUCUUCGAGGACUCGUACCGGGAGCUGCACCGCAUCCCCGAGGAGAUGAAGAACCGCCUGUACAUCGUGUUCGAGGGCGAGGAGGGCCAGGACGCCGGGGGGCUGCUGCGGGAGUGGUACAUGAUCAUCUCCCGCGAGAUGUUCAACCCCAUGUACGCCCUGUUCCGCACGUCGCCCGGCGACCGCGUCACCUACACCAUCAACCCCUCGUCCCACUAACCCAACCACCUGAGCUACUUCAAGUGUGGCAGGAUCGUGGCCAAGGCCGUCUACGACAACCGGCUGCUGGAGUGUUACUUCACCCGCUCCUUCUACAAACACAUCCUGGGCAAGUCCGUGCGGUACACGGACAUGGAGAGCGAGGACUAUCACUUCUACCAGGGCCUCGUGUACCUGCUGGAGAACGACGUCUCCACGCUGGGCUACGACCUGACCUUCAGCACCGAG